CCUUUGAUUUGUAGACUUGGAUUGCUUUUUGUUGGAUUAUGAGAUUGUAUGCUGGUAUUUUUAGCUUGUUUGAUUUUGGAUUUGUUGGUUUGGGCUGAUUUACUGUAUUACAUGUUUGGUUUGUUGAUUAGGGUUGUUAAGUGGUAGGAAAUAGAUCCAAUUAAUUCUUCUGAGAUCUUCUGUAGCAUUAGUAAUUUGUGCAUUGCCUUCUGAAUAAACUUAAGGCAGAAUAAUGCCUUGGGGACUACUCAAUUGUACUUCUGAGGGGGCGGAAAAGGACUUGCAUUGGUUAAUUUAGGGUUACCCUUGUGGGUAUAGUCGGUUAAGCGGCCUAUAAAUAGAGGUUUGGUGAAUCUAUUUUGUGGUUUGGUGCAUUUAAGAGUUAGUGUGAUUUAUUUAGUGUGCAAGAAUUUCUAAGGUUAUGGCUAGACGAACGAACAAAGUCUGUAUCCCUUUCCAGCCUCUUUUGGAAAAGAUUGUUGCUUGGCUCCAGUUUCCACCUCCAUUCUAUGGAUUUAUAGAUGUUGCUAAGAACAAUGCCUUUGUUCGAGUUGGCCGUCCAAAUACACGUGCAAGGUUUCUUUUUUAUGGUGGAGAUGCCAGUUCGGCAGAAGAGUCUCGCAAAAGAGCAGCUCACAAGGCUGUGAAGCGUUUGAUUGGUCGGUUUAAUGUCCGAGUAGAUGACUUUACACAUGAACGCCUUAAGAUGUAUCGUCUGUGUGUGAAGCUAUUUAAAAAUAGAUGCGCUGAAUUAGUCCAGGAGAGAGAGGACCUGAACCGCAUACGAUCAAACUGCAUUUCAGGGGAGAAUAGUGCAUAAAAUAAUAGUAUCUGCCCACUAUCUUAGUCCAUACUACUUUCUAGAUGUACGAAUAGUAGAGUAAACAAUUGUAGCUUUACUGCCUUCAACAGUACUCAAGUGAAAAAAAUUAGGUUAACUUUAGUACCUAGGAUCGGCUAUAAAUACCCACCUCCUCCCUCUUUAUUCUUUAUUCUCUGUUAUUUUAUUUUGUUUUGAGGUAUAUUCUUCUUCUUUUCAGCUCAUUUAUUCUAUUUUCCUGGCACGCAAAUUCAUGGCUUGUGUUCAUGCAUUAUGAGCUAACCAUCACUAGAGUAAGCUAUUAGCUUACUAAACAGAUUACAAUUUGAAAGAAUUAAAUCCUAUAAAUAGAUUAUUCAACCUCCUUUAAAUAUUAUCUACUUGUGGUGCAAUUAAAAUUUAUAGUUUUAUUAGAAAUUUAUUAUAUUUGAUUGUACAUUUCAUAAAAACAAAAAAAAAAAAAACGAGAUCAAAUAAAUUGAGUGCAAUUUAUACAAGUAGCUCUAUUUUUCUUGACAUUGCUAAAUAUUUAGUAUAUUAUUUUAUUAUAGUUGUUAUAGUUAUUUUUGAAACCUUUUUUUUUUUUGGGUUUUUUUUUGUUAUUUUUGUAUAUAUGUUCUGCACUGUGUAUCAUUCAUAUUUCGUUUGCUAUUUGUAGGGAAAAAAACGUUAGCAGAAAAUCAGUUUCGUAUACCUUUAUAAUGAAAAUGAAUGCUUAUAUGUUUGCUUAACUAUACCUAUUUAUUUCCUUGCACUUGUAGCUGAGAUUGCAUUUAAAUUCUUGGCUUGAAAUUUUUUUAUAAAUGUUGCACAAUAAAUUUAUUCUUAUAUAAAUUCAUUUGUAGAUGCUAUAAUUUAAAUUCCUUAUAAUAGUUUAUCUUUCAUUAGAAAUUUAUUAUAUUUGAUUGUACCUUACAAUGGUUUUUUACUUUGCAUGAAUUACCGUCUGUCUAGAUUAACUACCUAAAUUAAUAGUGCUUAUUUUUACUUUGUUUCAAUAAUUCUUAACAGAAAAUGAAUACACCUUCAAAGAUGAAGCUUGAACCUGUGUACUUAGAUGAACUUAACACUCAGAGCAAAGACUACAAGGUUAAAGUGACUGUAGCUGAAAAAGGAAGGGCUCAACCAUCACCUAAAAAACCAGGUGUCAUAUUCCAGACAAUUAUCUUAGAAGAUGAGAAGAAAAACAGAAUGAGAUGUGCUCUUUUUGGAGAUCAAAAUCCAUGCAUAUGAAGAUGUCUUAAAACCAACUGGCCAAUAUGAAAUAUCAAAAGCUCCUAUAUCAUAUAUGGAUGAGCAGUACAAGAUUAACCUUGAAGAGCUUCCAUAUCAUAUGACUAUUGGCCACCAGACAAUCGUUCAGCGUUUAAAUCCAGAAGCUGGUCCAAUUGAGCCUAGAUAUCAGCCACUGUCAACUCUCCCACGAUCACCUGAUCCUAAUGGCAGAUUUGAUAUUGUUGGUGUGGUUCUGUUUGUUGAGGAGGCACCUCGAAUUAUAUCUAAUAUUCGUGGGCGCGACAGUCCAGUUCGUGAAAUAUCUGUAACUGACACAAGCCAAGACCAUGCUAUGACAAUUUCAGCAUGGAAUGAUCUCACUGGUAAGCCCUGUGAUGCAAUAAGUAAUUGGGCUGAAAGAUUCAAUGUUGUCGGCUUUACUGCACUUAAGACUCGUCAUACAAGAGGAUUCACUUUGAACACUACUAUGUCUACUAGGAUCAUUAUGAACCCUAAAGGAGAAAGAGCAGAUAUGCUACGAGAAUGGUCAAAUUAUAUCAGCAUGUUUUGCUUGAUAGACAAGAAAAAAUCCUGAAUGUUAGGUACCCAAGUGCUGAGAAAAAAGUAGUGACCAUAGCAGAACUUCGGAGCAAAAAGGCAUCGAAUGCUAUUCCGGAUGAAGUAGCAUGGAUUAGAGUCACUAUACCAGACCCUGACCUACAAAGAGUUAACGCUUACAUUGGCUGUCCAGGCUGUGGAAAACGAACACAUCUUCCUAUUGGAACUCGUU